CAACAAGGCAUUGUCCUUGUUGCUCACUGGAUGUUUUUUUUUUCUUUACACUAUCCUGAGUAAACUCUUGAGACUGCUGUGUGUAAAAAUUCCAGGAGAUCGGCAGUUUCUGAUCUUGAACUAACGUCAGUGCCAUGGUUCAAGUCACUCAGAUCACAUAUUUUCCCCAUUCUGAUGUUUGAUGUGAACAUAAACCGAAGUUCUUGACUUGUAUUUGCAUGAUUUUAUGCACUGCGCUGCUGCAACAUGAUUGGACGAUUGAGCACUGGGGAGUGCAAGAAAAAAAAAAAAAACGGAUAUGUGGAGAAAAAUAUGCCGUAUCUGAUGUAGUGUUUAUUCCAAACGCGACACAAGGGGAAUUGAACCAAAAAGUGAAAUUCAAAUGAAGUUCUAGGAGUAAAAUUGGUUCUGGCAGCUGUAUUGGUGUUUGUAUGCAGUUGGACAGUGAUGAAUUAUUGCUGCUCUAACUUUGUAUUUGAAAGGAAAUUAUGAUUGCGUGUAGGUCCACUAUCUAUGCUUUAAUUUUUGUAAACUAUGUAAAAAAAUCACCACCUGUUGUGAUGCACAGUCCUGCGGUAUAUUAUAUAAGUGCAGGGUUUUGGAAGGAAUAAGAAGUGGAGAAGGAAAUAUGGAAAGAGAGAGAGAGAAGAGAAGUUAAACAGAAAAAAAAUUGUGUGAAGGGGAAAAAAAACAUACAGCUAAAGUGUUGUAGGCAGCACUUCUGAAGAGAGAGAGAGAGAGAGAGAGAGAGAGAGAGAGUGUAUGUGUGUGUGUGUGUGUGUGUGUGGGAAGCCUGAAGAGCUUCAGCAGGUGGUCUGGGAGAUUGGAGCUGUGUACUGAGGGAGUCACAGCUACUCUGAGAGCUUGUAUCUGUACACAUGGGUGGAUAGAUUCUUCUGACAAACAAAAUCUCCUCCUAAUAGUUAGGGCUGAAGAUUGUUAGCUUGUUAGUUUGCUAGGCGUUUUCAUUUUUCAGGUUACUACCCCACCAUUCAUGGGGGAAUGAUUUAAAGGAUUGUGUCUGAUUAUUGAGCUUGUUGUAAUCCUCACUGAUUCCUGCUGUUCCUGACAUUCAUUUAGCCUUGUUACAUACAACACUCAGAUUUCAUUUUUCUUGCUUCGUUUGUCCUUUUCUUUCAUCUCCUUUCGUCUCUUUUCGAUCCAAACACAUGGAAACUAAAUAAAUUAUCCUCAAGGUCCAGAAAAAGCGACCAUGGCUAAUUGGCUACCAUGGCAACAGACGAGCCUUCCCUUGCUGCUUGUUUUUGUCGUUUGUUGCACUUGUGUAAACGGCACACGCUCCUCCUCCGUACGUUUCAUUCAGUACACACACACACACACACACACACACACACACCUCACAGCCUCUGAAAGUGAAAAGUGCUUGGGGGAUUUCUCUGACUGAUGCACGCCUGGAUUCAUCAUGCAAACCUUCUUUGGGCUGCUCCGUCACAUGACACUGUAAUUACACUAAUGUAAGCAUUGAUGCUUUUAUUAGCUUUAUAAUAACAGGCUGGUGCUGGGCUUGCUGAUGGAGAAGAAGCUCACACUAAGGUUCUUUCACUGUUCUGGAAGUGUACGCUAGAGCUAGGGCACCACUGUAGGGUUUCUGGAAACUCAUUACACGUCUGUCUUACAUUGUGUAUACCACUGGUCACCAGCCCUCUUACUUGAGAUCUACCUUCCUGUAGGUUUCAUCUCCAACCAAAAUCAAACACACCUGUUUUAGUUGAUCAAGAACAUCUUACGGCUUUUAUUGAUUAGAUGGUCAGGUGGGAACAAUUACAGUUGUAGUCUUCAGGAAGGUAGAUCUCCAGGAACAGGCUUGGUGACCACUGGUGUAUAUUAUAUAUAUAAAGGGAUGAUGGUUCUGUUCACACCAUACAUACACCAUGCAUAUUACAAACGUAGAUAGCUGAUAAUGUCAUUCGGUACGGCUGCUUGGAUGCCACAUGAUCUCACUCACUGUGCUUUAAAACAAAUUGUUUUGAAACAUCCUUGAGCUGUAAGCUGUAUUUGCAAUUGCAUGUACGGAAAACCUGAUUCACACCAUUUCAAUCAGCGAAGUCUCCGCCCAAGAUUUGUUUCUUUCUGAUGUGGUGUUUGAAUCAGCGUAUCUUUCAGCAGUGAUGGAGAUUCAAUCCUCUCUUGUUUUUGUUCUCAUGAGUAAGCUGAGUUAGUUUGAGUUUGAGCUGAGUUUAUUGAGUCUCGUUCAGGGUUAUUCAGUCUGAGCUGGAGGUUUCACAGAAUACAAUAAAAGUCUGUGUUGGGCAUGGGUUCAAAAAUAAUUUUUUGAAACGCAUAAUAAAACAACACAAAAUAGCUAUGAUUGUUAGCUAUUUAUAUAUAUAUAUUAACAUUGCUCAAGCUGUUUGUUUGUUUGUUGCCUUAGAGAGCUAUCUCUGUUUCAAUUGGCCGUUUUCAUUUUUCCAGCCUGGAUAUUAGCUCCGCCCCAGCCGAACAGAACUUCUUAGCCCUGCCCCUUUUCUCUAAAAAAAACAACCCAAAAGCAUAGGUCUGAGGAGCGGGGGUUAUGGGAGAGAAUGAUAAGGCUUAUGAAUACUUUCAACGUAAUUGCAAUUCACCUCGCAGGCAGCAGAGGGAUCCACAAUUUACAAACCGCUCUUUUAAAGAGAAAGACCUUUGGAGAGCACUUAACUCUGGGGAGUGUUCGUUGCUGGAGUGGAGGCUUCAUUAGUGCACACUCUGUCAGGGAUACUUGUCUCUAUUCUGUAUCUAUAGUAUAAACAGGUGCUAGAGCAUGGAACAUGUGUUAAUUAUGAGUGCGUCGCUAAUGAGGUUUGCUGACUUAUGGUUUCUUCCAUGCUAUGGGAAACAGCACUGUGUUGUGUUGUAUUUUGUAUUUCCUUGUCACUGGAGUGGUACCCAUUCAGUGGCACACCUUUUACACCUUUAGUGUGUAUCUUUUACAUGCAAAGGUCAAGUAAUCAUUCUAAAAGCUACAAGGGACAAGAGUGGUCCUUAAGGCCAAAUUAUGUACCGUAAAUCACUUUAAAAGGUACAAUACAUUCACAUUACCAUGUAAAAGAUAGGCUACUUGUUAAAUAUACCAAAGAUGUACCCUUUGGGAAUCAGACCAACGGCAAGAAAAGAGUAGAGUUCAAGUUCAAGUUCUUUUGUUCUUCAAGUUCUCAACUUCUUUUUUCUGAGAGAAAACCUUUGCCAGGCCGUAAGACCGCCAGCAUAAAGACCAGCUGUGUGUGGCCAUGUACACCGAGAAGUAUGUUGGCAUCAGGCUGUACCAAUGAAAAGCCUGUUUAGAAUUUUUCUUUCCUUACCACCAUCCGUUAAUCAGUUUACACUUUCAUUUCAACGGGUAGUCUAUAACUAUUUUGCCAUGUUCCAUAGCUGUGGGAGAUCUUGUUGCUACUGUAAUUAGACAUGCGUCAGGGCUCUUAGUGCCGCUAAUGACUUUAUUAUCAAGACAUUUGUCUCCUACUGAUGUUUCUUGCAGUGAAUCUAGAUUCAUUCUUUCACUUCAACUAGGCACCCCAACUUGGUGUGAUACACACAUUGGCCCUUACUGUAGCUACAGUGUAACAUGUUGGUAGUUUGUCGGUAUACAUUUACUGUUUGUAGCCCUCUACCUUGACCAUCCGUGUAAGGGGACCACCAUAGGACUGUAGCUGGGUGAUGUGUCCAGAAAAAUGUACAGAAGAUCUCAGAUGCUAGUGCAGGGUGGUGUUGGGGUCCCUUUCCAUUAAUGGACUGAGUAGAGAGGGAGAUGACAGAUUGAUGGACUAUAGUCAGUAAUUGUACGUACACAUAUUUCAGGUUUACCUGACAAAGUGGCCACUGAGUGAAUUAAUUCAUAAGGAACCGAGUAACCGUUCAACCACAUGUAAGUUUGGCUUAAAAUGUAAUUGAGUGACUGCUGCAGAGGUAGAGAUGAACAUUUUGGUGACUUAUAUUCUCUGACUUUGCCACACCUUGACUGAGAUAGUGGAACAUUUUCUCCUAGCAGUGUCUGUUUUUGCUUGAAUAUCUCCUAUGAUCACUGUCUUUUAUUAAUCAUCCCUGUCUCUCUCACCAAUGUCCUUUACUUUCUCAGCCUUACGUUGUCUAUCAGUGAUUCCUCCUCCCUCUCUCCUCCUUCCUGCUUCUUGUGAGUGGAGUCUGGGCUUGUUGCCAGCUGGCGUGUUUUUUUUUUUUCAUGUUGGUUUUUUUUUUUUGAAUGAAUACCUGAUGGAGUCGGUGGAGGGCAGUGAGGCGAGGCAUGGGAGGAGCUGAUUGAGUGAGUGAGUUAGAGAGUGUGAGUAUGUGUGUGUAUGAGAGAGAGAGAGAGAGAGAGAGAGAGAGAGAGAGAGAGAGAGAGGGGAGUUAGGCCCUUGCAUAACACACACUGAUGUGCUACAUGCAGGCGGGCCGGCUCAGGGCUGCCUGUGUGACACUCAGGGCCUGGAUGGCUGAGCGUAGCCCUGCUGUAGAACUGAACACACAGACGGAGAGGAGAGCGAGGGAACAAGUAGGCAGCCUAGGGCAGAAGAGUUACUGAAAGAAUUAUUUGCCUCUAUGGACACUUUGAGAAAGGUGGAACAGGAAAUCUAAGGUUUCUGCUGCAGUCUUGGAGGCUUACUUUCAGAGAGAAAUGAUUCCGCAUGAAUUGUGGCAAGUGCUCUCUCACAGCAGGCAUGUGUUCUGUUGCUUUCAGUUGAGAUCAGUGUCCAUCCAGCCUUAAGCACAGAAAAAAGCUCCCAUCACCCCCCGUCUUCUCUCCACCCCCUCUACCCCCACAGCACCAGCCAAUCAGCAGGUGGCACAAUCAGAGAAUAAAAGAAAGGUGCAGAGGGAAAGAUUGUUAAAGAAAGAUAUAACAGGUAGAAACCACCUUAAAAAGAGGUACAGCAGAUACAUUCAUCAUGAAGUCCAACCAAGAACGAAGCAAUGAGUCUUUGCCCCCAAAGAAACGUGAAAUUCCAGCAAGUACCCUUCCCUCAGAGGAUAGGCCCAUGGUGAUGGCGCCUGCCAGUGAGAGCCAGCGUGGAGGGAACCUUGCUUGGCUUGCCAGCAUGGCCAGUGGGCAUGAGAGCAACAAGCAGCACACCAGCAGCUCAGCAGAAGCCGAAGGCCCUCAGUCCAAACCAACAAUGUCCACUGUCGAGUCCAGUCGUGCUCCAACUGCAACAUCUACCAUACCUGCUGUGUAUACUUCACCACUUUCUCAACAGACGGGCACCAUCCAGUACUCACCCAUGCACCCCAACCUGCACUUUAUCAGCCCCUCAUAUGCAGCGCCCUAUGCUAGCUACAUUUCUCCUCUUGUGUCCCCUGCAGCCACCACCACGUCCUCCCAUCGACACACUGAAGCCUACUCUGGCACUACCAAUUCUCCAGCAUCCAAAUCCGAUCCAUUAAUUCCCACUUCAGACAGCAUACCUCAACCCCAUUCCACCCAGUAUGUCCAAAUUUCCAGCUCCCAACUCAGUGUAGUGCCUUGUACUGCAUCUUCACCGCAAAGCCAUCUUCCCCUACACCUACAACAGACACUCGCCCUUAGUGGGCCCUCUCAGCUCCUGCUUCAGUACUCAGAUGGACCCAUGUCCAAAAAGGAAGACGGCAGACCUAGAGAGAUGCUAAACGGUGAGUCGGAAAGGGGCCGUCGCUUCAACCAUCCCUCAGAAUCAAAGGUCAGCAGCAUAGCCAAAGGGUCUUUAUCCACCCAGCAUCACCACAUCCACCAGCGAGACCACUACGAUACCCGGCACAUGCCGCUUCCACCGGUGUAUGCACAGGAAAACACCAGUUUGAGGAACUCGUUAGUUCUAGUUCCCAACAGUCACAACUCCAGCAGUGCUGAUCCAGGGGGAAAUCUAGACAAGCUGCCUCCCCCUCUGGCCCCGGCUGAAAAAGGAGGCAUCUGUGCAGGCAAGCCAGUGUCCCGCACUCACUCCAGCACCUGUCUUCCCUUUCCACCUCCUCCUUUACCUGUAGAUGGUCUAAAGGCAGCAGUUACCACAUUAUCACCCCACGCAGUUAUCCAUACCACACAUAGUGCAACCGAGUCACUACCCCUUGGCCUCACGUCAACCAACUUCUACUCUGCUCAUCAGCCCAUUAUUGGGUACAUUGCAGGUACAGGGCAGCCACAGCCGCUCAGCUACCACACCAGCCUUCCUCCACACCUGCUUAUCCCAGGAACUCAGCCUGUUAUUAUCCCUGUAAGUGGAGCAGAAGCUACUGCCACAUCUACAACACCGACGUUCGCUGCAGCACUGCCCCAUGCAUUUGUGACCUCAGCAGCCCCCAAAGGUGAGUCCUUUGAGACAUCAGCUUCCUACCCCCACCCGGCAGGUGCUGUGGUUCAGGCCCAAUUGCACUUGCCUAUCCUGCCAGCCUCUGCUAGCCUGCCAGCUACUCCACCUAUACCUUCCACACCUGCUUUACCACCCUACUUCACCAAGGGUUCUAUCAUUCAACUAGCUGAUGGGGAGCUGAAGCGCGUGGAGGACCUAAAGACAGAGGACUUCAUUCAGAGUGCUGAAAUCAGCAGUGAAUUGAAGAUUGACUCUAGUACUGUGGAGCGCAUCGACAGCAGCCAUACACCUAACUGUGCUAUAAUCCAAUUUGCGGUGGGAGAGCAUCGUUCACAGGUGAAUGUGGAGGUGUUGGUGGAGUACCCUUUCUUUGUCUUUGGUCAGGGCUGGUCGUCUUGCUGUCCAGACCGUACCACUCAGCUGCUGGAACUGCCUUGCGCCAGGCUAGCUGUGGGCGAUGUCUGCAUUUCCCUCACUCUCAAGAACUUGAAAAAUGGCUCACUGAAAAAGAGUCAGGGGCAGAUUUCAGAUGCUACCAGUCUUGGGCCACUUUUUAAACCACCUUUUAAAACACCCCCAGGAGGGACACGCAGGGCAGCACGGCACAUGGAGCAGGAGAAUGGACUGGCACAGUGUGGUAAGCAGGGAGGAGUGAGCUCCCAGGCAAGCAAAGAAAAUGGAGAACUAGGUUUUGGGGAGAAAGGAGCCUGUAGAAUUCCACUAUCUUCAGAGUCGGAAUCUAUCAGCAAACCCGCAGGCCGAAAGCGGAGAUGGUCGGCUCCAGAAGGUCGCAAAGUCGAGAAGCUUGAAGAGGAACCACCCUCAACUCUUCCUAGGCCUUCAUUUAUCCCUCAGGAGGUUAAAAUCAGCAUUGAAGGCAGAUCGAAUAUUGGCAAAUGAAAGCCAUUUUGGACUUGUUUGUCGUUUUGAAUCGAAUGAAAAAAUGACCCUCACAAUGUUCUUUUUUUUUUUUCCAGAAUAUUGUAUUUUAUAUCAUUUUAAAAUUGAUUUCUCUAAAUUUUUUUCUAUCCAGAUUACUGUACUGUAGGCUAAAUUAACUCAGCAUAUACGUAACCACCUUAUGAGUAGUGAUAAUAAUUGAAUAGGCGCAUUGAAUAUAUAUAACCAAUUAGUGCAAUUUAUUUUGGUUGGGUAAAUUUGGGGCAGUGAAUUUGUUGAAGGUGGGUUUAUGUAGGAAUUCUAAGCCCUCUUGGGUACAAAAUAUCUGAUAUUCUCAGCCUUACAUCUUUACAUCCUAUUAUGACAUAUAAGAUGAUUUAAAGUCACCCUAAACUUUAAAAAAAAAAAUAAUAAUAUGUUAAUUUAAUAUUUAAAAAAAAAAGUUUCACUGCACAGACUGGUGGUUUUGUUGCCUUUUAUAAGAACAGGGGUAAACCUGAGGCUAGUUUGAUUGUAUCAUAACAUAUAAGAGCCAGUCAUGUUCUAAUAUGCAAAUGAAGCCCAUGCAACACUUGUUUACCAGGGGAAGUGGAUGGUUAUGUGUAUGGUUGUGGUAUCUCCAAUUUGCAUAUUCAUAGAAGCUGAUUAUUUUGACGAGAGUCCUUCAAAGCAAGUUUUGGGUGACUUUAAUUGACGCCUACUGAAGCAGCACUAGGUGCUUGUGGUGCAUUAGUCCCAGCUCCAUCCAUGUAUGAGUUUAAAAAGGAGGUCGGCAUGGAUGACACUGCUCAGGGAGGCAGGACGGAAAUCACUCCUCCACCGUCUGCAGGAGUUUACAUAAUGUCAGCCAUCCUGCUCAAGCAGUCUCAUCUAAUGUUUAGACAUAGACGACAGACAAUCUGAAGUCCAUCACAAAUAAAAUUGAGGGUUCAUCCUGGGGAUUCAUCAGAGAUUGUAUGAUUUUUCCGAGGGAAAGAAGAGCAACCAAAUGCUAAGGUACAUGCCGACUGAGACAGAGAGAUCAAGAAAUGUCAUCAACAGUGCCAGUUGCUCCUUAGGAAAGAGAAAGCUAUACUAAUAGACCUGGAGAUAGAGGAGUUUGCUUUUAUAUAGUCACCUAGUUGAACCGUUUUAUUUUGUUGUUUUUUGUAGUUUUGCUUAUUUUUUUCUGUCUCUCUCUUUUUCUUUUUUUUUCUUUCUUUCUUUCUUUUUUUUUUUUUUUAAAUUUGCGAUGAAUGUGUAAACAUUGCAAUCAGGGGUCACUUUCAGUCAUGUAGACACAGAAUGGGUUUUUGUUUAUGUAUACGUUCGAGGAUGGGUGAUUUUUGAGCUAUAAGUUGAGCAAAAAAGACAUUUGCUUACUAUUUUUAUUUUAAUAAGAGCUUAUAAUUUGAGAGAAAGUGGAAGAAGGGAGGGACAGGUGAUCGAAGCACUUAACACACCUGUCACACUCACCAGCUGUUAGAUAGUUUAAUCAAUUUAGUUGUUUAUUAUUAUUAUUGUUAUUAUUAUUAUUAUUAUUAUUAUUAUACUUCUCAAAAUGAACACAGUACUGUACAGUAUGUUGUAUGUAAGUGAUGGUGGAAUGUAGCGCUCUAUGGACAAGUCAGUUCACCCUGAUCUGUGAAAAGAAUGAAUGUGAGAGGUGACAUGAGGUGGAACAGUAAGCAGAGAUACAGGAGAUAGCAUUUGUUCCCAGGAAGCACUUUUUCGUUUGGGUCUGUACGGCUCUGCCUCCUCAGUAAACGGCGAGCUAAAGGCCUAGACAGCAACAGUCGCGCUUUGAAUUGUUUCGUAGGCAGAGCUGGUGAAACAACUGCCAUUUUGGUGAUUAAAAGUGAGAUGUUUGAGUGUGAUUUCAGAAAGGUUUCAAAAGUCAUGAGAUUGUCCAAAUUAUGCCAUGAGGAGAAAGAAAGCGCAUGUGAGUGACUCUGGAUGCAGAAAUCUUCGUUAGGGUUCAAGGGUGUCCUAUAAAUAUGUUUGUGGAAGUGUGUGCAUGUAUGUACAUGUAUGCAUAAGUGUGCGCACACACACACACACACACACUCACACACACACCCAAACACACAUUCACUUUUCACUUAUAUUAAUGUGUUAUAUGUCUUUUUUGUACAUUAACAUGUAUAGAAAUGCAUAUACUGUAUCUUGCCUUAGUGCAAACAGAUAGUGUGUGUGUGUGUGUGUG